AAUUGAUUGUCAUUUACGAAAAACGAAGAAGCCAAUCAUAAAAUGUUUGAUGAGUUGGAGAUAAAAGACAAUUAAGUAGCGAACGGAAGCCGAUAAUAUCCACAUCUUCCGUCUGCGUGGCAGGUAUUUGGGCCUACUUUUGCUGACAUUGGCAAAGAUGUGCAUUAUACCGCAUACGAUUCACCGCCAUUAAAGUCGUGAAUGCCGUUAUCUGCACCGGCAAGAAACAGUUACGUAAAAGUAGUUUUUCUUUUUCCGUGAUACUGACUGCAGCGAGAUGAAGAGGUUCUAGCGGAGCUCUUAGUCUUCUUGGCAGUUACUUAGAGAAUAACAUAUAAAUAAACACGAGAAUAGAUACAUACUGGGAAUACAUGAAAUCAUGGGAUAUUUAAAGUCCAUCGGUACUAUAAUCAUAUACAUCGGUCUCUUCGCUGCUGUUAUUACUUUUAUACCAGGUUUACCUCCAGAAGCAGAAUUUUCUGAAUACAGUAUAAAAUAUCCUUCUGAAACACGGAGUCAGUUUGAGCUUAAAAAUCGUCUGAAUGGAGCAGAGGUGUUAUUUGCUGGAGAACUCAAAGGACCAGAAAGUUUUGCUUCGUACAAUGGAGAAUUGUAUACUGGUAUACGUGGAGGUUAUGUCGUUAAAAUCAAUGGCAACAGUAUUGUACCAAUCGUGAAAUUCGGACAAAAAUGUGAUGGUUUAUGGCAAGAAGAGAAAUGUGGCAGGCCCUUGGGUUUACAGUUCAAUGACAAAGGAGAGUUGUUUGUCGCUGAUGCCUAUUAUGGUAUUUUCAAAGUCAAUGUGAAUACUCGACAAUACACAAACAUAGUUAAUAGCUCUGUACCUAUUGAUGGAAAAGCUCCAAGAAUUGUUAAUUCUUUGGAUAUUGCUAAAAAUGGAGAUAUCUAUUGGACUGAUUCUAGCACAGAAUUCUCACUUCACGAUGGAGCUUACACAUUCUUGGCAAAUCCAUCAGGAAGACUUAUUCGGUACAAUGCUGCGACAAAGAAGAACGAGGUAUUACUAAAGAAUUUAGGAUUUGCAAACGGAGUUUUAUUAGCCGACGAUGAAAGUUUUGUGAUUGUUCUGGAAUGUCUUAAAUCGCGAAUCAUUAAAUACCAUUUAACGGGUCUUAAAGCCGGACAACAUGAAAUCUUGGUAGAAGCCUUGCCCGGUUUACCAGAUAAUGUACACACGGACGGACAAGGUGGUUUUAUAGUAUCUUUGAUUAGCUAUGUAGAUCCUGAUCAUCCUUUCCUACUUCAAUCUCUGAUGCCACAUCCAUACCUACGGAAGAUGAUCACCAGAUUUUUAUAUCUGAUAGAAACUCCGUUUAAAAUAGUACAAGAUGUUUAUCCAAAUUAUUAUGCGGAAAGAGUUUUACAUUCAGUAGGUUCGUUUGACGCUUCCAAAGUUCUUGAUUCGAUGAAAGCGUCUGCAGUACUUAGAAUAGAUAAGGCAGGAAAUGUUUUGGAUGCUUUGUAUUCAGAUGAUGCAAAAGUUGACAAUAUAUGCUCUGCUUACAUACUCAAUGGAUAUUUAUGGCUUGGUUCUCCUUGGAAUGAAUACAUAAUGAGAGUUCCAUUGAAACAAGCGUUUCCAAAUUUAAAAGAAAGUCAGAUAUCGGCAAAUGUAAAACAGGAAAUAGAAGAACCGAUUAUAACAGUUAUGAACAAGCCUGAUGUUAAGGUACAAGCAAAGCCUUCAAAAUCUAAACGAUCAGUACAAGAAACCGUUCCAAAGCCUACAACAACAACAAUAACAACAACUACUACUACUACGACACCUAAACCCACAACAACUACAACGCCUAAACCUACAACUACAACACCUAAACCCACAACAACUACAACGCCUAAACCUACAACUGCAACACCUAAACCUACAACGACAACCACACAGAAACCAACUACUAAAGCACCAACAACUCAAACAAUAUCAAAACCAACCACGGAAAAAGUAGCACCAGCACAACAACGUCCUACCACCACCAGCACUACCACUACCACUACUACUACGAGUACUACUACUACUACUACUACUACUACUACUCCGAAACCGCCUCCAUCAACGCAAUCUCCUUUAAAAGCAUCAGUAAAUGAAGCCAAAAAGGAGAACAGAAAUGAAAUUAAAAAGGAAAAUUUAAAAAACACGAAAAAAGAGACUUCUGAUAAAAAAAAUGUUAAUACAAAGACAUCGAAUACAAAAACUGAGUCAACAGAAAAAAGUGAGGAAUCUACAGUAAAAUCGAAGUCUGAAGAAACUGUAAAAAAAAAUACACGUGAAACCCAGUCUGAAAAAUCGAAACCAGCCGGAAAAAAAGAUGAUUCUGAGAAAAACUAAAAAGUACUUGUACGUCCAUCAGACAGUCAGCCCAAGUUUUGCAUUAAAACUUUAUUCUAUUCCAUUCUAUGUUAAAAGUUCUGCAUAUUUCAGACAUAUCGACGUAAUUGUUUUAAUUUCACAUGCUUUUCUAAUAUUCUCUACAUUCUGCUAUUGUAAGGAUAUAGAGCAAAGCUGUACAAUUUUUACUUCCGGAAAGUCGCAGGCUACGGGGAGAGGCUUCCCACCAUACCGCAAGCGAUAGCCUCUUGUUCUUGUCAAUUCUUGUGUAUUGCGAAGACCCCUUCCCGUAGCAUGCGACUUCCAUACGCAGGCUGCCUGAGCCGCUUAGUGGGGGUACCCCGGGAGUGAUAGACUGAUUACGGAAGUAGAAGUCAUGCAGCUCUGUUGUUAUAGAUUUCACGUUUUAUUUCUAUAUCACUAAUACUGUUCCGUAAAAUAAUAUUGUAAGAUUAUCUUAUUUUGUUGUAAUUCUC